GAUGUAGAAACGUUAAGCAUAAAUUAAAAUAUAAGCAACGUGAAAUCUAGUUUAACAAGCAUAUUCCGGUUAUUUUAUUAGUGUUUAUAAAUAUUUAAAAGCCAGUAUUACAUAAUCAGCUCUUCAACUUUUUAAAAAUAUAAUAUUAUCAUGCCUAUAUCCUAUAGGGGUAAGUAGAGAAUGUGAAUUGCUUUAGAUCUAGAUAUACUUCGUUUGUUCCGGCUGAUUUCUUGACCUACACUCUAAAAUGUAGAUUUGUCAUACUUUUAAUGCGGUCGAUCCUUAUUAACACAUUCUCCUGGCAUUCCUUUAUAAUAAUAAAACCAGAUUAAUGUAAUUUAAACAAGACAUACUGAUCAACUGCUCCCUCGUGCCUCCUCUAGUACUGAAAGGAUUUAGGCAUUAGUCCACCAUGCUAUUCUAGUUCAGUCGAACUUCACAUACCUUCUAAUUUCUUAUGUAUAACUCUUGGGUAUGCAGGUUUGUUGACAAUGUUUGCCUUUAAGGAUGAAGCAAACGAUAAUUCAAACAACCUUCGAUAAGUGAGAUAUACCUUAAUUUUUUAAUCUGCAGGCCAUCGGCCUACUAUCUCUGCAUCAAAAAAAGCGCGUCAAUCAAGCCGGCUUCUAGAAAGUAGCACAAGCCCUUGGUAGUCAGUCAAGGUGGCUUCCUGUGAGAAUUUCCCUUCCUGCAGGGCAUCCUGCCGCUUCCCUCACCCGGUUAUUUCACAUCUUCCGGCUUUGCAAUACAGGCAUGCAGCCGACCGUGCGUUCCUCAUUAGCCAAUCGUAUCAGUAGCGUCUUGAUAAACGGUUGCUUUGUGAUUUGUUGGUCAAGUGGAAAUAUGGAAUUUUUAAGACUGUUUCACACAGCAGUUCUUCUCUUGUCAUUGACCUGGUCAACCGAAGCUGAUCUGUUCUCCAAGGCCACCAGGACCAAGGCUGAUGAACGGGAUCUAAGGAACAGUGUGUUUGACUUCAUCAUUGUUGGAGGGGGCACUGCAGGAUGCGUGUUGGCUAAUAGACUGUCUGCUGUCGCGGAUUGGAAGGUCCUGGUCCUAGAAUCUGGAGACGAGGAGAACAUAGACUAUGACAUACCGGCUGUCCCAACCAUGGACUAUCGUCCCAUUCUCUGGAACUUCAGGACUGAGAGGAACGGUUAUUCCUGCCUCUCACGACCUGGGGGCAGUUGUGAGGUCAGGACUGGUAAGGUCCUCGGAGGGUCUAGCGUGGUGAACGACAUGAAGUAUACUCGAGGGUCGAAGGCAGAUUAUGAUGGAUGGCAUAGCACCGGUGCCUUGGGCUCUUUGGACUGGAAGUUUGAGAACUUAUUGGAGUAUUUUAAGACUUCUGAGGAUAAUGGUGACUACGACAUACUCAUGAACUCUUUCUACCAUUCUCGAGGUGGAGAAAUGCGCGUACAAAAGUUCAAAUACGUCGACCGUUACAUUGAAGUAUUUUCAAAUGCUUUCGCCGAAAUGGGUUUCCGAAAUUUGGACAUCAACACCAAUGUACCCGAAGCUAUAGUUUUUAAUCAAUUCACAGUCUCAAAUAACACAAGACUGAGUGCUAAUUCAGCAUUUUUGAAACCUGUUAGACAUCGUAAAAAUUUGACUGUGAUGAAAGAAGCAACAGUUACCAAAAUUGUUAUUGAUAAGCAAGAAAAGAACGUAGAUGCAGUGCUGUAUGAAAUAGAGAAAGGAAAGGAAAAACCUGCGUAUGUCAAACGAGAAGUUAUAUUAACAGGUGGAGCUAUAAAUAACGUUCGAUUGUUACAUUUAUCCGGAAUAGGACCUACUGCCGACUUAAAAAAACAUAAUAUUACUGCGCUAUUUGAUCUUCCUGUAGGACAAAACUACCAGGACCAAGUCUCUACAGGGGGACUAGCAUUUGUCCUUAAUGAUGUUGCGCCAGUCACUGAGAAUCAAGUCAUUAAUGACUUUAAAACUUGGUUUCAAAAUAGAAGCGGUCCGUUAGCUUCUAGAGGUAUUAAUCAAGUGUCUACAUUCAUACAGUUAUACGAAAAUACGAACGCACCAGACGUAGAACUGGCUUUAGAAGGAAACUUUAUUAGAAGUGAUAAGUUUAUGCUAACAAACGUUAGUGUCCAUGCAGCGGAAGAAUCCAACCUCCCGCUACCUUAUUAUAACUUGGUAAAUAUUUACCCAGUUCUUCUGAAACCUAAAAGCAGAGGAAAGGUCAUGCUCAAUAAAAGAAACCCAAAAUACGGUAGACCAGUAAUUCAAGCUAAUCUUCUUAAGGAAACUGAGGAUCUGGAUACUAUAGUAGAUAGUGUGGACAUAGCUUUGCAGCUUCUUGACACAAAAGAAAUGAAAAAAGCAGAAGUCAAGUUUGCACCGUUAGAUUUAUUCCCCUGUGAUAGACUGACUAAUAGAGAUCAAUGGAACUGCAUUACACGACACUACACUAAGGCUAUGGGGCGUCCUGUAGGAACGUGUAGGAUGGGGGAAAAUAGUAAAGAAUCUGUAGUCGACUAUCAGUUAAAGGUUCACGGUAUUGAAGGUCUUCGAAUAAUGGACGCUUCAGUCAUGCCUACUCAUGUGCGUGGAGGUAUCUUUGCUGCGACGAUGAUGAUUGCAGAAAAAGGUGCAAAAAUGAUUCUAAAAGAUUGGAAGGAAAACAAAGGUCAUUACUAUAAUAGAUGACAAUUAUAGGAUUUAGAUAAAUAAAAUAUAUUCUUAAUACCAAGCGUUUUUAAUUAAAUCACUAGCCUUUUCAGCGAUCAUUAUG